GACUUCAGUUAUCUAACCAGCAUAUAGGAAAUUAUUGUCUACUAAGAUAAAGGACUUUUCGAAUGAAUAAAUUUUUAACAGCAAGCUUUAUAGAUCUAAAGACAUUGGUUACUGUUAGUGGACAAUUGAAAUUUCACUGACGAAUAUGAGACGUAUUGAAUAUUUUCACUUAUAUCAGUACAAAAAAUGAUUUGUGGCUGUGGUAACAAUAUUUCACAGCAGUUAUUCAUCAAUGGACCUCAAGUACUAUGCUGCCCAACAAAAGUCACUGAGGUUACUAAAGCCAAUGAAGUACAAAUAGCAUUCAGCUACAUUCUAUGGAGAACAGAAGAAUUUUGGAGGCUAACAGGAUAUAAGGCUAGGAACUCUCCUCCAUAUGAUGCAAUUCAUCCAGAUUGGAAGGUGGCUGUAAGUGAAAAUCGAAUAGCAGCCAUCACAGAAAGAGGGUCAGUUGUAUUGUGGGAUAAAGAAAAUAGAUGGAGAAUGCUCACUUUUCAAACACUCCUGCAAAGUAAUUCUCAAGGACAAGAUUUAGAAAAGCGUGAUGACUCUUUCCAGUUACCAAAAGACUGUGAGGGUGAAACUGUGGAAAGUCACAUUCAAACUGUACAUGACAAAGUUAAAAUGGAGAGUGUUAAUAAGAAUCAUUGUGAAUGCAAAAGUGUACAAGGACAUAGUUUAAAACAUAUCCCAUCAGACUUCAUGCUCAUUUCUGACAUCCCUAGCAGUUCAUCAACAUCAGGUGAGAAAAAUAGUCAAGAAACCGAACAGCCUCAAAAGAGCUUCCAGAAGCUACUUAUUGAAGACAAUGCAUUGCUUGCUAUUGACAUUGAUGGUGUUGCUUACAGCAGUAAUAUACCUAUGCAAGUUGGUAGGCAGCAAGUAUCAGAAAUAGCCUUAGGAAAAGAACAUUGCAUGGCUCUUACCAAAGAUGGUGAAGUCUAUACUUGGGGUGGUGGAAUGCGUGGUCAGUUAGGAACUGGAGUGUUACAUUUUUCUGAUGUUCCUUUGCAAGUAGAAAACCUUCAUGGCCUGUUCAUCAAAUCUAUAUCUUGUGGAGGCUGGCAUUCUACAGCUUUGAGUGAUUCUGGAGAUGUUUAUGUGUGGGGUUGGAAUGAAAGUGGCCAACUUGGAUAUCCUUUCAAAACUAAAGAGAAAAGAUCCCUAUAUAUUUCUUUGGAUCACCAUUGCCAGUGUCCUGAACCAGUUUGUCAGGAGGUCACUUCAUGCUCUGUGGAUGGAACGUUAUCCAAGGCCACAGGAGUUGAAAUAGGAGUUGAAAAGGACAAGAGAAUCAAUCCUGAAAGAUCAAAAGAUGUUUUGAAUGUUCAGGCAUCUCCUAAGCUCUUGAACUUUUGGGUAGAGAGCUAUAGUUUAACUGAUAUUGCAUGUGGAGAUCAGCAUACAUUGUUUCUAUUAGAUGAUGGCAGUGUGUGGUCUGUUGGCAUGAACAAGUAUGGUCAGCUGGGUCUUGGUCAUACUGAAUGUUUUGAAGAGCCUGCUGAAGUACCUUUAAAAAAUGUCACAAAGAUAUUUGCUGGAGGAUGGAAUUCUAUUUUUGUAACUAGCUGAGUAAGCAGCAUAGUAGUUUUCAAGAUUAUGUAUUUUGUUGUUAUACACUGCAGUUAGUAGUACUUGGUUUAUACUCGUUGUGUUUGGAUUUUAUACGUACCUUGUUUUUUGUAGGUUAUAAUUUUUAAAAGUACUAUUUCUUGUUUCUAGCUGUGUGAAUAGCAGUUAUCUCAUCUAUAACUAUGUUUAAUGGGUCAGUUUAUUGAUUAUCCUUGGUUUGUCCUUUAUAUUUCUCUGUUAAUGGGUCAGUUUAUUGAUUAUCCUUGGUUUGUCCUUUAUAUUUCUCUGUUAAUGGGUCAGUUUAUUGAUUAUCCUUGGUUUGUCCUUUAUAUUUCUCUGGUAACUUCACUCUGUGGAAUACCAUCUAUACUGAAUCAAGUGUGUGUACGUUUAUGGAGUAGCCCUCUAGGACUUUAAUACUGAUGCAUGCUUGGCAAUGCCUAGGAAAAUGCGGCCUGCAUUUUUUGCGUAGUUUUUCUGGCCAAGAUCUUUUUUUUGCACAAAGAUUUCAUUAUUGUUACAGAUUUUUAUCAAUGUGUAAUAAUAUCCUUUUUUUAAGGAUAUUUUUUGAUGUAACAGUAUUUGAUAACAUUUUAAUAUUAGUUUUGCAUGUACUUAUGUUCCUGUUGCAUACCUCAAGCUCUGCAUCCUUUAAUCAGAAUUAACAGAAAUGUUUAUUUGCUUUGAUGUUAGCAUUUUCAGUCUAUAAAUUUCCCAUUGUAUAAAGCCAGAAAAUAUACCAUAUCCCAAAAUGAUUAUUGUUAUACGUAUACAGUGGACCCCCCGUAUUCGCGUUCUCCAGAUUCGCGGACUCACACAUUCGCGGAUUUCUCUCGGGAACGUUUCCCUGCAUUAUUCGCGGAAAAUUCGCGCAUUCGCGGUAUUUUUCUAUGGUAAAUAUCCACAAAUUCCUGGUUUUUUUGAUGAAUUUCAUCAUAAAAUGCACUUUUUGUGAUAAAACUAUUAAAAAAACCAUGUAUGAAAAUUUUUAGUGGGUUUUUCUUGAGUUUUAACUAACAAAAUAGGCUGUUUUUAGCAUUUUUAUAGGGGUUCCAAACAUUCGCGGGUUCUAACUAUUCACGGGGGGGUCUGGUGCGCAUCCCCCGCGAAUACGGGGGGACCACUGUAUUAGGUUAAUGCAAUCAUUGUCACCUUACUAGACUCAUAACAUUACCCACAAGAUUUGUUCUUAAAUGAGAAGGUGAAAAGUGAAAGAUGGUAAAGAUAAAGAAAUUGAACUGGCAAGUAUGAAGAUAUGAAGAGUUCUUGGGGACAGAUGAAAAGUAAAAGGAAGAAGGCAGUGCAGCCAAGACCAGAAGUAAUCAAAGAACUUUGAAUACUACGUUAUUAUCCACAUUGUGUUCAACAAGGCAUGCGCUUAGUGACACUCCUCUACAUGGAACAGUGCUUAAACUGUAGGCAAUUUAUCAAUAAAAUAUUCACAUAUAUAAAAACAUCUGUAUACAUCCAUAAAAAACAGACAGAGUUUCACAUUUCUAACCACAGUUACUGUAUAUGCUUCUGAUUUUUUCAUCCUGUAGGGAGGAAGUGCUGUCCAUGCACCUCAUACGUGUCCUGUUGGUAUUACUGAAGGUUCUUUGCUAUGUGAAUUCUGCCCCUAGCUGCAACCCUUUUUGUUUCUUUUACUGUACCUCCUUUCCUGUUCUUUUUCUUCCACCCUCUCCUAACAAUUAAUUCAUAGUGUAACUGUGAGGUUUCACUCCUGUUUUGCCUUUCAAACUUAUUACUGUCGAUUUCUGUUUCAGCGCUGAAUGACCUCAUAGGUCCCAUAACUUGGCAUUUGGCUUAAAUUCUAUAUUCAAUUCUGAUUUUUUCAGUACUGUACAUUAUAUCUUUUGGUUCAAAGUAGUAUGUUUAUUUGCAUUAUACAUGUACAUACAUACUGUAUAUAAUUAUUUAUAUAUUCAUGAAGGUAGUAGAAUGAAUAAAUUACUGUAUAUUGUAAUUAAAAAAG